UUUCGCACUCCUCUGCUGUCAGCUGACAGCUUGUGAAGUUAUUAGUAGAAAAAUUCUUGGGAUGCACUUUUAAUUUUAGUCGGAAUAGUGUUCGGUAGUGUGCGGUGUUUAGCCGGUGAUACGAGGACAAAUUACGUAAGAUACCAUUCCCAAGCUGCUGUCGCAGUGAAUUUUCCUUUUUUAAUACCCGAAUCGACCGACCAAAAUGCUGAAUUCAAAGAUUUUGUCCAAACUAAGCCCAAUGAAGUCGCGGAGUACGGAAAUCGGCACUCUUUUAAAGGCCGCAGCAUGCAGCCAGAUACAGGGCCGGACUUACGCGGAGCACGUUAUUCCCGACAGACUUAAAGAUAUGCCCAACAAUCCCAAUCCGAGAUUUUUCGACAUGGUCGAGUACUUUUUCCACAAGGCUUGCAUACUCGUAGAAGAUAAGCUCGUCGAGGAUUUGGGGAAGGUGAAGGGCUCCAGGCUGACGAUGGAUCAGCGAAAAGCCAAAGUAAAGGGUAUUUUGACUCACAUGGAACAGUGUGAUCAUGUAAUUGAAGUCGCGUUCCCUAUUAAGAGGGACAAUGGGCAAUACGAAAUCAUAAAAGGGUACCGGGCGCAACAUAGUACUCACAGGACACCUUGCAAAGGAGGGAUGCGUUUCUCCAUGGAUGUUUCCAGAGACGAAGUUAAGGCCUUGGCUGCCUUGAUGACUUUCAAAUGCGCAUGCGUGGAUGUUCCAUUCGGUGGUGCCAAGGCCGGAGUCAAGAUCGACCACAAGAAGUAUUCUGAACAUGAACUCGAGAAGAUCACCAGGAGGUUCACCUUGGAACUGGUGAAGAAAGGGUUCAUCGGACCCAGCAUCGACGUCCCCGCCCCCGACAUGGGAACGGGAGAGAGGGAAAUGUCUUGGCUGGCGGACACCUACGCCAAAACAAUCGGUUACCAAGACAUCAACAGCCACGCUUGCGUCACCGGUAAACCCAUCAACCAAGGCGGUAUUCACGGCAGAGUAUCUGCUACCGGUAGAGGUGUAUUCCACGGUAUCGAGAAUUUCAUCAACGAAGAAAAUUACAUGCAGAUGUGCGGUUUGACGACCGGUUGGAAAAACAAGACCGUCAUCAUCCAAGGUUUUGGAAACGUGGGUCUGCACACCAUGAGGUACCUCCACCGAGCAGGAGCUAAAAUCAUCGGAAUCAUGGAGUUUGACGGGUCCAUUUUCAAUGAAAACGGUAUCGAUCCCAAGGAUCUUGAAGACUACAGAGUGACCAACGGCUCUAUCGUGGGCUUCCCCGGAGCCAAAGCCUACGACGGUAAUUUGUUGUACCACGAAUGUGACAUACUCGUCCCGGCUGCUACAGAAAAAGUAAUUACCAAGGAUAACGCCGAUAAAGUGAAAGCGAAGAUUAUUGCAGAAGCCGCCAAUGGACCACUCACCCCUGCUGCGGAUCAAAUCCUACUCAAGAAGAACGUCCUCGUCAUUCCUGACCUCUACGUCAACGCCGGUGGUGUGACUGUAUCCUUCUUCGAAUGGUUGAAGAACAUCAACCACGUGUCUUACGGUAGAUUGACCUUCAAAUACGAAAGAGAUUCGAAUCAGCACUUGUUGCAAUCUGUACAAGAAUCUUUAGAAAGGAAAUUCAGUGACGUAGGUAAAAUUCCAAUUGUCGCCUCUGUAUCUUUCCAAAAGAGAAUUGCUGGUGCUUCUGAAAAAGAUAUCGUACACUCCGGGCUCAGCUUCACCAUGGAGAGGUCUGCAAAGGCGAUCAAGGAAACGGCUGAAAAAUAUAAUUUGGGUCUGGAUCUGAGGUCAGCUGCCUACGUCAACUCUGUUCAAAAGAUAUUCCUUACCAUCAGCGAUGCCGGGUUUGCCUAUUGAGAUGUAUUAUUGGAUAAGGGACUUUUUUAUCUUACCAACGGUUGUCAGACAUGAGUGAAGAACGAUAAUAAUAAUGGGAACCACAAUGAUUUGUUUAGGAAUGCACGAUUUAUAUAAUUUUUAGGCUAGCGAGUAGAGGAUUGACUUGAGUUCACUUGGAAUUUUUGAUCUGGAGUAAUCUUCAAGAACGGAUUGUUUUGGUCUUUCUUUGAUUUAAAGAAUGCACCUAUUAUUUAUUUGAGUAAUGUACUAAUACGAUUUCUGGUAGAUCACUUCCAAUAUUGAUGGGAUAUAUUUGUCAAAUCAAAGAUUGGAAAUAUAUCCUUGAUCUUACAUAAUCAAAUAUUCAAAGCUUCAAAAGAGCUUGUAGGAUUUCAUUAAAACCACCCGAAGAUUAACUUAAGAGGCAAUUUGUGUAUUUAUCCUUAUAGAUAUAUUCAUCAAAAAAAACUUCACUUGUGUCUGACUCAGGUUCGAUUAAUUUUGUUCUUUAAUUUUUAUAAUCCAGCUUCAAUUAAUCUCACAUUCCUCUUCAACUCAGUGACCAGUUUAAGUUUUCAGCAUUCCAUUAUCAACUCUGUUAUUUAUUUAUCGAUUCCUUGUUUUAUGAAAGCAUUUAAUAAAUUGUGUGAGAUA